CGCAGCCUCCGUUAGAGCGCGUGGGAGACGCACAAGUUGAACUAACGGGCACGGUACUCUCGUGGCACACUAUACCCAACAAUAGCGUAACGACAGGCUAGCUUGACUACACAACAGUGGAAUAUUAUCGGUAUAUUUCAAUACCUGCAAUCAUUUAUAAAGGUAAACAGAGGGCUAAACAUAACGCUUUUGAGACGCGCUGGCCGUUUAACCGAAUUAGCUACAGUAGGUAUACUUAACGGGACGCUUGUCUAUAUCUGUCUGUUAUUGGUGCGUCAAGUUAGCUGGUGCUGGAGCGGCACCUGCUCAGAACGACAUUUAUUUUUACACCCAAUACUUGUAUCCACAAUGAUUUUGAACUCUAAUUUUGGAUGUUACAUCAAUGUCAGUACUUAAAACAUUCUCCGCAGAUACUGUUGCGGAACCUUUCGUUCUGGUCACUGCGCAUUUGCAGGCAAAAUGAAACCAUUUAUCUCGUACAACUGUACGUUGAUACGUCCGACGGAAUCGACAGCUGCUACAAGUUUGAGCAAGACGGCGUUUCAUGCUCAUACCAACCAAGUGGAUUGGCAUUUAUUAGCCUAAUGGAAACAUGAAGACGACAUGCUGCCAGUCCAUGACGCUGUUUUCAAUGCAGGCCCCAGUGAUUUUGUUGGAGACAUUGCUUAUAGUUAUAAUAUGCGGUGCCGUUUCUAAAACGCUAGCUGUAGCUAACAGCAGUUUCGGAUUACAGUACGACAUCGGUUCGCAAAUCCCUUUGUCUGUGGACAAAGUGCCAAAUUUCCGAAGGAGAGCGACAGCUGAAGACAAACCUCUGACUGAGACAACAACGCCCCUCUCUUUCCAUAAAAGCCCUGAGCACCAAGGCGGGAGAGUGGGGCAGCCAGUGAGAACCAGGCCCUUUGUAGUGGUGGAGGGGGAAAGGAAGAGCCUUAAAGAAGCACUGCAGCAUGGCCAUCCAAAAACUGUGCAGUGUGGUCUACAGGUGAGAGGGUCCCUCUACCUGCUGAACCUGGAGAAAAAUGAGGAUCUGCUGCCCAGCCCCCCUACUGUGUUCUACUACCCUGCUGAUGGCAAGGGGGUGACCCGGGACCAGAGUCCGGUGACACACUGUUUCUACCAUGGCUCAGUGCAGGGAUUUCCCCAGUCCAGAAUCGCCCUCAGUACCUGCGCUGGCCUGAGGGGAGCGAUCGUGAUCAAUUCCACUCUCAGCUUUGAGCUGGAGCCCGAGGAAGAGGAGGGGAAGAAUCCGGAGGAAGAUGCAGAAGUGCGGAGCGGGGGGCAGAAGGAAGAGGGGGUGCACGUGCUGUACUCCGCCCGGCAGCGGUGGUCUGGGGCGGGCACCUGUGGGGGGUCCCACGAACCACUGCCUCCUCUGGACGUCCCGCGACACAGGCACAGAAGUAAGAGGGACGUUCUCAGGGAGACCAAGUACAUAGAGCUGGUGCUGGUGGUGGAUCACAGCGAGUUCCUGAACUACAAGAAGGACAACAGGACCGUCGUCUACCGCAUGCUGGACGUCUCCAACCAAGUGGACUGGUUCUUCAGACCCCUGGGUGUGCGGGUGGCCCUGGUGGGGCUGGAGAUCUGGAACGGCGGGGACAGGAUUCGAAUGGACGGCGGCCCCUCCGACACCCUGGACCGCUUCCUGGACUGGCGCGCCCGCGAACUCCUGCCCCGCCUGCGCCAUGACAACGCCCAGCUGGUCCUGGGGAAGGCUUUUAACGGUCGCACUGUUGGGAUGGCCUCCCAGUCCUCCAUGUGUUCUUCGGAACGGUCCGGUGGGAUCAGCGUGGACAACCUGGUCAGCGUGCUGGGCGUGGCCUCCACAGUGGCCCAUGAGCUGGGGCACAACCUGGGCAUGAUCCACGACACGCCAGACCGCCAGUGCGUGUGCCAAAACCCCGCCCUGGAGGGCGGCUGCAUCAUGGAACCCACCACCGGGUUCCUGCCAGGGCAGAUGUUCAGCAGUUGCAGCGCUCAGGACCUGUCCGCCAGCCUGCUCCAUGGGGCCGGGGCCUGCCUGUUCAACGUGCCCCAGCCCGGGAGCCUCCUGGGAGGGCCGCGCUGCGGAAACCUGUACGUGGAGCAGGGCGAGGAGUGCGACUGUGGCCUGACGCACGAGUGCGAGGAUCCCUGCUGCAACGCCGCCACGUGCAAAUUGGUUCCAGAGGCCCAGUGUUCCUCUGAUGGCAUCUGCUGUGACAACUGCAAGCUUCGUCCUGCGGGCUCUUUGUGCCGGGCGCCCCUGGGGGAGUGCGACCUCGCAGAGCACUGCUCCGGCACCUCUGCCCACUGCCCCGCCAACGUGUACCUCCAGGACGGACACCCCUGCGAGGGCGGCGGGGCCUACUGCCACAGCGGGGUCUGCGCCAGCCUGGACUCCCAGUGCCGGGACCUCUGGGGCACCAACUCAACCCAGGCUCCAGAAGUCUGCUUCUCCUCCGUCAACAAACUGGGCAACAAGUUUGGCAACUGUGGCCAGAUGGCCAACGGAAGCUACGUGUCUUGUUCAGAUGCUGACGUGCAUUGUGGGAAAAUUCAGUGUCAGGGAGGCAACGACCGGCCCCUCCUGGGCAGCAGGGUGCAGAUCCUCACCACCAAGGUCCGCCGAAACCAAAGCGAGCUGGUUUGCCGCACCAGCUUCUUUGACCUGGGAGAAGACGUCUCUGACCCGGCUACGGUGGCUCAGGGCACUGCCUGUGGACCCGGCAAGGCCUGUUUAGACCGGCAGUGUCGGGAUGCGGGCGUUUUUGGUGUGGAGGAGUGCCUGGGGCAGUGCAGCGGCCAUGGGGUGUGCAACAGCAACCACAACUGUCACUGUGACGCGGGCUGGGCCCCGCCCGACUGCAAAUACUCAGGAUAUGGAGGCAGUUUGGACAGCGGACCCAUCAUGGAGCCCAGAGGGACCGAUGCCACACGAGUGGCCCUGGUGGUCAUUUCGGUCGCAGUCCUGCUGGGGCUGCUGCUCUUCCUGCUGCUGCGGUACCCCCACCUCCGCCGACGCCUCUUCGACCUCCGCAGCAUCCCCUUCCUCAAGGGCCCCAGCCGACAGCAGAGCCGGACACCGGCCUCGGAGAGAUUAGGAGCCAGAGGUGGAGACCAGGCCCAGCCACUGAGGUCGCACCCCAACCCAAAAAAUGACAUUCCCCUCGUCCCGGCAUCCAGUAAGCAGGCUGAGGACAGGCCCCAGCCUCCCAGUAAACCCCUGCCACCCGAUCCCGUGUCAAAACCCACCCAGUCGGUAGGGGAACGGCCGCGCCCUCCGACCAAGCCCCUCCCCCCUGACCCCGUUGCCCCCGGCAAUAAGGACCACGUUCCAGCUCGGCCCCCUCCUCCCACCAGGCAGCUGCCGGCGGUCCCCCCCUCACGCCCUGCCUCUGGGAUCACGCCGAAUCACAGAGCUAGAGGGUCUCCGGUGCCCCCAACUGGCCCGGGAACCGGCAGUCCCACCAGAGCCACCGGAGCCCCUGCCAGGCCCCCUCCCCCUCCUCCUCCCCCGAAAGUGAUGCCCCCGCCUCAGGGAUCCCACUCGCCCCAUCAGCAUAGCCACUGAGGACCCAGACGGCCAUCAGGAAUCUCUUUUUUGGGGUCCGAAGCGGGGUAUCUUCAGGGCCCCCCUGUGUGGACGUCUGGUGCUAAGGAGGCCCGGUCCAUCCCGGCCUGGUAAAUAUAGACCCCCUGGGACCCCCCCAGCUGACAUGUCAGGACUUCUGCGGUCCUCCACCCACUUUGAACAGCGGCGGUAAUCUGGUCCCGUGCGAACGGGAUUGGCGGCCGCCAUUCCGUGCCUACAGAGCAGGCGAGCGAGGAGCAGACCGCGGACAGACGGCUCACUGAUGGGGGAGAGAGCCAGAGCCAGAGCCACUGCACGGAAGAUCAGAAACUCUUCUUCUGUAACUGGAUCUCCUGAUCUAUCGGUCACCAGGGCUCUGUCCGAUCUUGUCACCACUGGUGCUUCAGAACCAAUCACAAAGGAAGCAGAACCUUGUCCCCAAUUACUGCCCUCUGUCCAAGUUUGAAGAUGACUUCUGUAGUGGUCGAAAACGUGGCUGCCAGUGUUUCAGAUGACUUUGCCCUCAGAUGUCCAGCUAUGAGCAUCUUGAAAUUACCAGCUACCAGCUGUUUCAAAACAUAGCUUGAGCUGUUUUUUUCAGCAGGGAGGCAUUUGGAAGUA